CGGAUGCGGCGAAUUGGCAGAUAGAGAGAAUUUUAUUUUUAAACAAAAUUGUUGUGCUCGCACUGUGCCCAAUAACGAUCGUCAUUUGUUUCUAUAGCAUGGGGAGCAUUACCGGUCCAGUGGAUAAUUAGCCGUGUUGGGGCUGUGUUGUUGAGUGGAAAACGCGGCGGGUUUCGUUCGUUAAAAGUAUUUAUUAAUAUUUUAUUUUAGAACGUCCGACCGAAAUUUUCAAUUCAAGUGUUCAGCGCUAAAAUAUAGUAGAAAAUAUAAGAAAACUAACUAAAUUAACUUAUUUUUAUAGUUUUAUAUAUGAAAAUAAGUAAAAGUGCAGAAGAAAAGUGAAAGAAUUGAUAGAACAGGUAAAGGUCUCGAAAAGGGUGCGGUGAAAUAUGUCGGGUGACGUGCAACCGCGCAAGCGAAAGGAUAAGAAAAAGAGACGUGAUGACGAAUCUUCACAUGGCGUGCACAUCACCAAGAUGGGCAACGAAGAUGUUCAUCUUCACGUACAGCACGAUCACGGCACUGGAGGUCAUUGGUGCGCAAAGAUAUUCUUCUUUUCGCUGCUAGCCAUUUUAUUUGGCCUUGUGGGUUUGAUUAUAUUGGAAAAUCGCGGUAUAUCUGAUUUGGAUACACCAUUGUCAGAGUCACGUUUCUCCAAUUAUUUCGAUGGCUGGGUAGAUGAGAGUCGUCAAGACCAUGAUGAUCAUGAUCCCGUACAGGCGUCGAUAGAAAAGCAUGAAGAGCACGAUGAACCAUUCGAAGAAGAGGAAGAUCACUCAGAAUUGGAUGAGGAGGCAGAUGAAGAGCACGAUGAAGAUGAAGCUCACGAUGGCGAUCAUGACGAAGAAGAUGAAAAUGCCACAACAGAACAAACAAAGGAGCUGGAAGAAGAUGAGGACAAUGAUGAAGAAGAUGGAGAGAACGAGGAUGACGACGAAGCAGACGAUGAAGAUGCUACCAAAGAGGCUACGUUGGAGCGAACGAAUGAAGAAGAUGAUGAUGAUGAUGAGAAUGAUAAUGAUAAUGAUAAUAAUAAAGAAGAAGAGGAUGAUGACGAUGAUGAUGAUGAUAAGGCAACACAAGAGGCCACCACAAAAGAAGAAGAAGAAGAUGAAGCUGAUGCUGAAGGAGAUAAUAAUGAAGAAGAAGAAGAUGAUGAGGAACAGAAUAACACAAAUGAACAAACUGCUGAAGCUAGUCAGGAGGCGAAUGAAGCUGAUGAUAAUGAUGAUGAUGAAAAUGCCAGCAAUGUGAACGAUGUGAAUGAUGAAAAUGACGACGAAGACGACGACGACGACGACGACGAAGGCGAUGAUGAUAUUGAACCAAUUUAUGAACGCUCAGCACAACAACAAACAAAAAGUGAACGAUCGCAAGCCAACAACGCUAACGAUAAUGAUGAUGAUGAUGAUGAUUAUGAGGAAGAUGAUGAUGAUGAUGAUACAUUUAAUUCUAUAGAAAAUGUAGUCGAUAAUGAUGCCGAGGAGUUAUUGCUGUUGCAAGAAAAGGCGCGACAACAGGCAGCACAGGCGGCCAAAAGUGAACCGGCAUCUGCAGAGAAAGUUGAUAAGGAAGAUGCAGCUGAAGCGGUGCCAUCUUGGGCGUCUUCUCUUGCGGUUAAAAUUGGCGUCGGUGUGGCACUCGCGCUAGUUGCACGCCUUGUAUUGAUUAGGAAAAAUCCAAAUACAACUGAGGAACCGGCACCAGAGUUGGUAAUGAAACGACGCCUAACAAUAGCAACAGCGGAAGAUAAAUAUGCCGAGGAUGAGGAACCGCCACCGCUGCCGGAUGAUGAUGGCGAAUACUCUGAAGAAGAAAUCGAAAUAGAAGAGGAGUAUGAAUAUGAAGAGGAAGUCGAAGACCCCGACGAUGAAUUAUCCGGCUUGUCAGGCGAAUAUAUACCCGAAAGUUUUGAGCAGUUGAACGAUCUGUAUCGCUCCCGAUUAGCAGAGUCCGCGGACAGUGAGGGUAAUUUAAACCCCCAGCGUUUUGAAGAUGUAAGGGAUCAACGUUUGAGUCAAAAGAAAUCACCUGCUAUAUUGACUGCGCCAAUGCGGCCAUUAUCAACAACUGCCGAGAUGCCUUUCAAGAAGGUAUCAACAUUAACGACCACAACAACAACAGCACCACCCAAAACCACUGCAAGUGUAAUGCAUACACAAUCACCAAAAACACCUGCACCAACAACAACAACAACAACUAGUACAAUAAGAACAACUAAAUUCGAAUCAACUAUAAAGCCAGUGCAAAGCUAUAUAGCAGCCCCAACAAAAACAACUAUCAGUUCUUCGGCAGUACACUCGCCGAAAGCUACUACCAAACAAUACAUAACAGACUCACCGAAACCGCUGCGAAAGCACGAAAUUACACAUGAUGUGGAUUAUCAGCCCGAUGAUGAGGACAUUGAUUAUGAUGAUGAUGAUGAUGAUGAUGGUGUUGAUGGAGCAGCAGCAUAUGUACGCGAGGUAUUAAAGCGCGAAAAUGAGUGGGAGGAUGAGGAGGAAGAAGAAGAAGAAGACGAUGAGGAGGGCGAGGGCGAGGAAGACGAGGAAGAUAUCGAUGACGAUGAGGAUAUUUCUGAUGUCGAUGAUACCGAAUUAAUGAAUAGAUUAGAAGCCAAGUAUGGUCGCUUACCAGCAAAAGAAUAUGAAAGUGACGAAGAUCCGGAUGAUCCGACUUGGACACAAAUCAAACCAAAAGAAGCAGUAGGAGGUGGACCCCAAGCGCAUAACGAUGACUAUGACUUAUAUGAGCGAGAAUUGCGUAGAGCAAACGAAGAAAUGUUGCGAGAGAAUUAUGCCGAAGCCGUUAAAGGAUAUGGCCAACUGGCGCAGCGGUACCCCGAUAAACCACAAGCAUUUCUCGGCCAAGCAAACGCGCUGGAUAAACUGGCAGAGCUGCAGCGCAGUAAUCAUUUGCUGAGUGAAGCUUUACAGGCGUAUAAGCGGUAUUUAGCACUAGGCUCGGCCAUCACCAACAAUGCACAAUUUCGCGCCGCGGCCGAGCGCUGCAUCGAACGUAUGCGCUUCAUGGGCCAUCAUAUGCAGGCUGUGCCAAUACAUCAGCAGCUGAUUGAGCGCUUUGCCGAUGAGCCAGAUGUACGCAACCAACUGGCUAUCACUUACCUGCUGCAGAAUCGUUUAUCCGACGCCAAGCUAGUUCUGCAAGAGGUGCUACGCCGCUGGCCACAGGAUGGCUUUGCGCAGGUGCAUUACGGUUUCGUGCUGCGACAGCUGGACAAAGACUAUGAAAAUGCGGUUAUUUACUUGCGUGAAGGCAUCAAAUCGAAUGCGAGCGGCACACAGGAUGGUCGCUUCUACUUCAAUCUCGGUGAUUCAUUGCAGCGUUUGGGUCGUCAAGCCGAAGCAGUUGAGGUGUAUAAGCGCGGCGCCGCCCUAAAGCUCUUUCCCUCUGCCUAUCAGCGUGCGCUAUACAACGAACCCAAUUUGCGUGCAAAACCUUUUUGGACCAAAGCGGAAACCACUUAUGUGAGUUACCUCAAUGAAUUGGAGCUAAAUUGGCGGGCGAUACGUGAUGAAGCGUUAAGCUUGCUGGGUAGGCGUGGCUAUUUUAUCGAUGAAGCGGAAAGUUUGCGUGAUACCGGCAAUUGGCAGCAAUUCGAAUUGUAUGCGCGCGGUCAGCGGCGCGUAGAGAAUUGCCAGAAAGCGCCCAUAACGUGUGGGCUGAUUAAAAAAUUUAGCGCGGCAGCCAGUUGUCGACGCGGUCAAGUUAAAUUCAGUGUCAUGCAACCGGGAACGCAUGUGCAUGCCCACUGUGGGCCUACGAAUUGCCGAUUGCGUGCUCACCUAGGGUUGGUUGUGCCGAGCGGGACGCGUUUGCGUGUGGCUGAGGAAGAGCGCACAUGGAUUGAAGGUGAAUUUCUGAUAUUCGAUGACAGUUUUGAGCACGAGGUAUGGCAUAACGGUAGCAGUUUCCGGCUUGUCUUGAUCGUUGAUGUUUGGCAUCCAGAUUUGAGCGUGCAGCAACGUCGAACGCUAACACCGAUUUGAUUGAAACAUGAACAUAGUCGUUCAUACUGCAUACAUACUACAUACAUACAUAUGUAGAUACUAGUUGAUUAUUGUAUUGAGUUCCUGUUCGCAUUACACGAAAUACUACUUACGUACAUAAAUAAUUAGCCACAUGUUCAAACGAAUAAAUACAUACAUACCUAUAAACGCAUAAUUUGUGUAUUAAGCAAUUGCUGUUUUGUUUAAACAAAAACCAUAAUCUGUAACAGCUUUGUUAACUUUAAGCUCAGCUUUCACGCCUAACAACAUGCAAACAGCUCAUUUUGUAUACAUAACUGUGUUUCGAUUUCACUACUAAAACAAAGUAUUUAUUAAUUUAAUUAUAAAAUGAAUUUAAUUAGAAAAUGUGGCUCAAAGGUAUAUUGUUAAGAUUCGAUGUAAGUAUGUAUGUAAGCAAACGUAUGUAGCGCCAUAAGAACAAUUUAAUUGGGAUAUGUGAAAACUAUAAACCAUCUGUUGAUAUUUGUGUUACUUAAUGAAAAGAAGUGCAAGGGUUUAUUGUAUAAAUUACAAAUAAAUAAGAAUAUAUAUAUUUUUUUUUUUGAUAAAUACAUUUAGUAUUGUAUGUAAAUAUGUAUAUGCAGAUGUAUGUAUGUACAUAUAUACUGUGAAUAGCUGAAAAUUGAAAUGAAUUUGUGUAUGCAGCAAGCACAUUUAAAUAAUUUAAAAAGAAAAUGUAUAUCAAAUGAUUUGGUUUGGUAAAAAAAGACUAAUUGGUUUAUUGUAUUUUUAAAACAUAAUAGCCUACACAUCGUGCCCUAGCCAAAUGAAAACGUAAGCGAUUUUUUUUUUCAAAAUUUUCUUUUUGAUUUAGAAAUGUAUCUAGAUGCUGUAGGAGGAUUUCCGCGUUAAUUAUUUUUUUCAUGAUGAAAUCAUCAACGUGAAAUUGUCGUUUCUUAAUUAGUCAUUGGAUUUAAAACGAAUAACUGAAGAAAGAUUCAUGAUUGUACGAUUAUGUUCUGCAGUCAGCAGUCAAUUACAACUUACUUUUCUACAUACGUACACACAUACAUAUCUACAUACAUAUGCAUUCAAAAGACACUCUGAACCAAGAAAAUUUUACAUGAAAUGUUUUUUUUUUAUUAUUUUUAUAUGCUUGUUCAUACAACAUACAUAUGUAUCUAUAUUUCUUGCACACAUCUUUAAAUUAGCUAUAAGCUUAAAUAUUUAUUUAUUCAAACUUUAUAUAAAAGAAUUUAUUUAAAGUUAAUGUUAAUACCUAUUAAAAAUAUUUAAUUAAAACAAAUGCCACUGUAAAAAGCUCAGAGAAAAGAAAUGUGUUGUAAAUACGAAUUUUGGAAUGAAGUAGCUUUCCUUUUUUACACCUGA